UUGCCAAAACAAACGGGCCGGCCUAUUUAUUGGCGGCCGCCGAGCCGGGCAGCUCAGAGUCGAGGCGCCAAGGGGGACAGCACGCCGCCACCAGCCAGGGCCUCGGGCCCCCGCCCCGCACCUGAGUCCCUCUGGCCUUGAGCCGCGUCGCACUGCCCAUGGCGCCCCCGCCUGGAGUCCCCAAGAGCCACCCAGACGCCUGAGUCCCCGAAACUCUCCCAACCACGCGCCCACCCAUCAGCCCACCAAGCGCCCUAGCCCGCCGCUCUCCCGGGCUACCCGGCCAUGUCUCCCGCCUGGCUCCGGCCCCGACUGCGGUUCUGUCUGCUUCUGUUGCUGCUGCUUCUGGUGCCGGUGGCACGGGGCUGCGGGCCGGGCCGGGUGGUGGGCAGCCGCCGGAGGCCACCUCGCAAACUCGUGCCGCUCGCCUACAAGCAGUUCAGCCCCAACGUGCCCGAGAAGACCCUGGGCGCCAGCGGGCGCUACGAAGGCAAGAUCGCGCGCAGCUCUGAAAGAUUCAAGGAGCUCACCCCCAACUACAAUCCCGACAUCAUCUUCAAGGACGAAGAGAACACGGGUGCCGACCGUCUCAUGACCCAGCGCUGCAAGGACCGUCUGAACUCGCUGGCCAUCUCUGUCAUGAACCAGUGGCCGGGUGUGAAGCUGCGGGUGACGGAAGGCUGGGAUGAAGACGGCCACCACUCAGAGGAGUCGUUACACUAUGAGGGACGCGCGGUGGAUAUCACCACCUCAGACCGCGACCGAAAUAAGUAUGGACUGCUGGCGCGCUUGGCAGUGGAGGCCGGUUUCGACUGGGUCUAUUACGAGUCCAAGGCGCACGUGCAUUGCUCUGUCAAGUCUGAGCACUCCGCUGCUGCCAAGACCGGUGGCUGCUUUCCUGCCGGAGCCCAAGUGCAGCUAGAGAAUGGGGCACGUGUGGCCCUGUCAGCUGUGAAGCCGGGAGACCGGGUGCUGGCCAUGGGGGAGGACGGGAACCCCACUUUCAGUGACGUACUCAUUUUCCUGGACCGUGAGCCAAACAGGCUGAGAACUUUCCAAGUCAUCGAGACCCAGGAUCCCCCACGUCGCCUGGCACUCACGCCUGCCCACCUGCUCUUCACUGCUGACAAUCACACAGAACAGGUAGCCCACUUCCGGGCCACUUUUGCCAGCCACGUGCAACCAGGCCAAUAUGUGCUGGUAGCAGGGGUACCAGGCCUACAGCCUGCUCGGGUGGCAGCUGUCUCCACCCAUGUGGCGCUUGGGUCCUACGCUCCACUCACAAGGCAUGGAACACUGGUGGUGGAGGACGUGGUAGCUUCCUGCUUUGCAGCUGUGGCUGACCACCAUCUGGCUCAGUUGGCCUUCUGGCCCCUGCGACUGUUUCCUAGCUUGGCAUGGGGCAGCUGGACCCCAAGUGAGGGUGUUCAUUGGUACCCUCAGUUGCUCUACCGCCUGGGGCGUCUCUUGCUAGAAGAGAGCAGAUUCCAUCCGCUAGGCAUGUCUGGAGCAGGAAGCUGAAAGGAUUCUACCCACAGUCCUCCUGGAACUGCUCUGCUGGAUCCAAAGGCUCUGCACCAGGAAGACUCGGACCCUGGAAGUCACCUGACCUGAGGAUAUUUGUCUUCAUCCUCUGCUCCAGACUGGAGACAUCACUGAGACUUGACCAGGUAGUUCUGGUGCAGUGGUGGAGCUGUGAAUUGAGCUGACAAAGGGGGCGGUGGGCGCUCUUUUCCUAGAAACCUUAAGACCCAGCGAGCUCUAUGAUUCUUCACACCCCACCUCCGUGCCCAGAGAGGACCCAUUCCAUCUGUCUUUGGACUGCUUACUCCAGUUUCUCGGGGGCCUGGGUGUGUGACUUCACUGUUGGCAAUUGAUCACAGUAUGAAAAGAGUCUGCCUGUGGGCGGGCUUACACCUCAGUCAAUGCUGCUAGAUUCCCUCAGAGCCAGUGGGGAGUUGGCUGGACUCAUUGCCUCUCAGAACUGAAAGACCACAAGCCAGCCUGGACAUCCCGAAAUAUGACCUUCCCUGCAGGCCACACUCCUCCAGACAUAUCCUGAGUCUGCUAUCAAAGGGCAGAGUCUCUAUUCCGGGCAAACGUGGCCCUAGUACCUGGGACUUGGGGAGGAGCCUGGAUGUCCCUGCCACCCCUGCCUAGGCUAAAAUCCCUUUUCUGCUGAACCACAUCCCACCCCCUCCUCCAGUCUGUCUUCCUCACCUUAUUUAUUUGCAUGGAGGGGGAAACCCAUGGGAGAAUUUGGGGAAUGUUUUGGUCUUUCUUUUGUAAUAAAAAUAUUUAAGUUGUUAGAGCCAUGGA